CCAUGGCGGCGGUGCGAGAGGAGAGAGAGGUGCGCGGCACCACUUCCGGGUCAGAGGGCGCGGGAAGGCGGAAGUCCGUCGCUGUCGCUAUGGCGACCGCGGGAGAGGCAGCGGUGCUGGUGCUGGUGGCCGUGCUGUGGGGCAGCACGGGGCCGUUCCUACGGACGGGAGCGGCGGGGCUGGAGGACGUGCGGCGCCAGGGCCGCCUACAGCAGCUGCUGGCCGAGAUCAGCUUCCUGGGCCUCAACUACAAGUACAUGGUGCCAUUUCUGCUGAACCAGUGUGGAUCUCUGCUCUUCUACCUCACCCUGGCAUCUGCAGAGCUGUCCCUGGCAGUGCCACUCUGUAACUCCCUGGCUCUGAUAGUCACACUGGUAACUGGAAGGAUUCUGGGAGAGGACAUUGGUGGUAAAAGGGCUGUGGCAGGGAUGCUGCUCACCCUCCUGGGCAUCACCCUCUGCGUAGCUGGUUCGUGACCAAGGCACAGUGAGCAGAGGAAACUGCUUGAAGGUGAGCCAUGGCUGAAGAG